AUACAUGUCCAAACUAGUUGGUCACCUGUAAAUAAUUAACAUAAGUUGAGCUUAGUUAUGUGUUGAAAUUGCAAAUAUGCAGGGGUGUCUAUAUCCAUGCAAAAUCCAUCAUAAUCUAAUUGUCUUGGUUUAGGAUAUUGAAAAUUUGAAAUGGGUCUAAAACAGUUUUGGGUAGUAGGGAUGAUGGUUAUAUUAUUAGGAGGGCUUGCAGGGAGAAUGAGAGAAAAUGGAAGUGCCAUAUAUUCAUGUGAGAAAACUCCACAGUUCAUUAUUGUUUAGCUUCAAUUUCUUUAUCAUUUUUACUUAAAAAUAUAUGAGGUGCGCCACUAAAAGAAAAGUUCUAACAGGAAUUUUAGAAUUACGAACGACGAACGAGGGUCAACUGAAACAUUGCGUCCUAUAAAUAGAUUAGUAAAGCUGCCAAAAGCGGAGAGAUAGUAAUUAGAAAGCCUUUUCAAUGCUCAUGAAAAAAAUGGUGCUGAAGUGGGUUUGGAUGGGAGUCUUACUAGUUUUAUCAGAGACAUGUUGCUGCAAAGGUUGUCUGGACAAAGAAAGAGCUGCUCUCUUACAGCUUAAACCUUUCUUUGAUAGUACUCUCGCUCUGCAGAAGUGGUUAGGUGCAGAAGAUAACUUAGAUUGUUGUCAAUGGGAAAGGGUUGAGUGCAGCAGCAUCACUGGCCGAGUGACUCGACUCGAUCUAGAUACUACAAGGGCCUAUCAGUCUUCAAGAAAUUGGUAUCUUAACGCCUCUUUGUUUCUUCCCUUUGAAGAACUAAAGAGUCUGUCCUUAAAGGGUAACUCUAUUGUCGAUUGCGUUGAGAAUGAAGGUUUUGAGAGAUUAUCAACAAGGUUAAGCAGUCUGGAGGUCCUUGAUUUGAGUUACAAUUCAUUUAACGAGAGCAUUUUGUCAUCUUUGAGUGAAUUUUCAUCUCUCAAAUCUCUGAAUCUGGGAUUCAACCCAUUUGAAGUCCCAAUUCAAGCACAAGACCUACCAAAUUUUGAGAAUUUGGAAGAGUUGUACUUGGAUAAGAUUGAACUCGAAAAUAGUUUUCUUCAAACUGUUGGGGUGAUGACUUCUCUAAAGGUUCUGUCGUUGUCUGGUUGCGGACUAACUGGUGCAUUACCAAAUGUUCAAGGACUAUGUGAAUUGAUUCAUCUCCGAGUUCUAGAUGUAAGCAGCAACGAGUUUCAUGGUAUCUUGCCUUGGUGUUUAUCUAAUUUGACAUCCCUGCAGCUAUUAGAUCUUUCUUCCAAUCAAUUUGUUGGAGAUAUUUCCAACUCUCCCCUUAAAAUUCUCAAAUCCCUUGUUGACUUAGACGUUUCAAACAAUCACUUUCAAGUACCUUUCUCACUUGGUCCAUUUUUCAACCAUUCAAACCUCAAGCACAUUAGAGGUCAGAACAAUGCAAUUUACUUGGAAGCUGAGUUACAUUCAGCCCCCAGAUUCCAGUUAAUUUCCAUUAUAUUUUCUGGAUAUGGAAUUUGUGGAACUUUUCCCAAUUUUCUCUAUCAUCAAAACAACCUGCAAUUUGUUGAUCUCUCUCAUCUUUCCUUAAAAGGAGAGUUUCCAAACUGGUUGUUAACAAACAACACAAGAUUGAAAAUUCUUGACCUGGUAAAUAAUUCUCUUUCAGGACAUUUGCAGCUUCCUUUGCAUCCUCAUGUUAAUCUAUUAGCACUAGAUAUCUCCAAUAAUCACGUCCACGACCACAUUCCUUUGGAGAUCGGUACAUUUCUGCCAAAAUUGGAAUUGUUAAACAUGUCCAGCAAUGGAUUUGAUGGCAGCAUCCCUUCUUCUUUCGGCAAUAUGAACUCUUUGAGGAUCUUGGACUUAUCCAACAAUCAGUUGUCAGGCAGCAUCCCUGAGCACUUAGCCACUGGCUGUUUCUCAUUAAAUACUCUUAUACUGUCCAACAACAGUUUGCAAGGUCAAAUGUUUUCUAAACAAUUUAACUUGACAAACUUGUGGUGGUUAGAAUUAGACAAAAAUCACUUCAGUGGAAGGAUUCCUAAAAGCUUGUCCAAGAGUGCUCUGUCAAUUAUGGACCUCAGUGAUAACCAUCUCUCUGGCAUGAUUCCAGGAUGGAUUGGCAAUUUGUCAUACUUGCAGAACCUGAUCCUGUCAAAUAAUCGACUUAAAGGUCCAAUUCCAGUGGAGUUCUGUCAACUCCAUUAUCUUGAAGUUUUGGACCUUGCAAACAACAGUGUCUCUGGCAUUUUACCAUCGUGCUUAAGUCCUUCAUCAAUAAUACAUGUUCACUUGUCUCAGAAUAUGAUAGAAGGGCCCUGGACAAAUGCAUUUUCUGGCAGUCAUUUCUUGGUUACAUUAGAUCUAAGCAGUAACCGAAUAACUGGUAGAAUUCCAACUUUGAUUGGUGGGAUUAAUGCACUGAGAAUUCUUAAUUUAAAGAGCAAUAGAUUUGAUGGUGAAAUCCCAGCUCAGAUAUGUGGUCUGUACCAGUUAAGCUUGAUAGUUCUUGCCGAUAACAACCUCUCCGGUUCCAUUCCUUCUUGUUUGCAGCUUGAUCAAUCUGAUUCUUUAGCCCCUGAUGUUCCUCCAGUUCCUAAUCCUCUCAACCCCUAUUAUCUACCUGUAAGGCCCAUGUAUUUUACAACAAAGCGUCGUUCCUACUCUUACCAGGGAAAAAUUCUCUCCUAUAUUUCUGGAAUUGAUUUCUCAUGCAAUAAAUUAACAGGCGAGAUUCCUCCUGAAAUGGGAAAUCAUAGUGCGAUCUACUCACUGAACCUGUCAUACAAUAGGUUUACAGGUCCGAUCCCAUCAACGUUUUCUAACCUGAAGCAAAUUGAGAGCUUAGACCUUUCCUACAACAACUUGAAUGGGGACAUCCCUUCUCAGCUUCUUGAGCUAAAAUUCUUGUCAUAUUUUAGCGUGGCACAUAACAACCUAUUUGGCAAGACACCCAAAAGGACCGGACAGUUUGCAACAUUUGAAGUAAGCAGCUACGAAGGAAAUCCUAAUCUAUGCGGACUGCCUUUGCCAAAAAGUUGCACCGAAAGAGAAGCAUCAUCUGCACCUAGAGCUUCAGCAAUGGAUGAAGAGAGUAAUUUUCUUGACAUGAACACAUUUUAUGGGAGUUUCAUAGUUUCUUACACGUUCGUGAUAAUCGGAAUGUUCCUAGUCCUGUACAUAAAUCCCCAGUGGAGAAGAGCAUGGUUUGAUUUUGUGGAUAUCUGCAUUAGCUCUUUCUAGUAUUCUGCUGUAGACAACGUUACUCUGUCCAUAAUUAGCUGCCACAUUUUCUUCCUCUGGCUAAAUUAUCUUGAAUGUGAAUAUAACUGAUUAUUUUA